CAGGCGUUUAAAUGGGGAGCCCGCCGCGGCAGCGCUUCCAAUCCGGAGCAGGAGGCGGCGGAGAAGGCGGCGAGAGGCUCUCCCUCCGGCUCUUUCCAUGGGCCUCCUUCCCCAGCAGUGAAGCCUCCCUCGGCCCCGCAGGAUGGCACGCAGUGUUUCGGCUGUUGGUGUUCUUCUUCUGUUUGGGCUUCUUCUCCCCACCACAGAGAAUAAGAGGAAUCGUGGGGCGCAAGGUGCUAUCCCUCCUCCGGACAAAGCUCAACCCAAUGAUUCAGAACAGACCCAGCAGCAUCAGUCUGAGACACAGCCUGGCUCCAGGCCCCCAGGCAAGAGAAUCAAGCCAUCCACUAAAGAGGUCCUGGGGUCAAGUCAAGAAGCUCUACAUGUCACUGAGAGAAGAUACCUGAAACGGGACUGGUGUAAAACACAGCCGCUUAAGCAAACCAUCAACGAGGAAGGGUGCAACAGCCAAACCAUUAUUAACAGGUUCUGUUAUGGCCAGUGUAAUUCCUUCUACAUCCCGAGGCACAUCCAGAAAGAGGAAGGUGCUUUCAAGUCCUGUUCCUUCUGCAAACCAAAGAAAGUCACCACCAUGUUAGUUACUCUGACCUGUCCAGAGCUUCAGCCCCCCAGGAAAAGAAAAAGGAUCACACGAGUUAAAGAAUGCCGCUGUCUAUCUAUAGACUUGGUUUAAGAACCAGCCAUAUAUACUCCACGGCAUCGGCCAUCAUUGCCUUCUCGAAUCUAGAGAAGGCAAUAUAUCCUCCAUGGCAUCUGCCGUCAUUGCCUCAACCUGCUUACAUAUCUCUAGGCAGGACACCAAUCAAAGAGAAUUGCAGCAAACAA